AUGUGGCUUCCUCCCUAUUCCCUCGUUUUCCUCUCGAUUGGCCAGCUCAUGACGGACACCUACGCCGUCCUGUACUACGCCCCCGCAUCAAGACUUUGGCGUCCGGAGAGCCACGCGCCGGUCAAAUAUCUGGCUGGCGCCACUACGGGCUCAUUCCUGACCUUGCCCCAUGAACAAGCAAUUGCCGCUUUCAAAACUGAGUCCGCUACUCUUAUCACCCUCUCUCAAAAAAAAAAGAAGGAACCUUCAGAUCUCCUCCUUUACUCUGUCCUCGAAAAAACCGCAUACAAACAUCUGUACCAAGUGGUAAACUACCUUCUGCUCCACCAAUCCAUGUCUCCGGAACAUCUAGAGCAAUGGUGCCGAGCACUCGCCAAUGCAGCAAUUGAGCGCAAUGGGGGAGCCGGGCCGGCUUCUGAUUCAAUAGCCUUUGCUUUUUACACUCUUCAGCUCAGACACCGUCGCAAUGCCCAUCUCACGGAGGCAUUGCGUUGCAUGGUGAGUCGCAUUCUGCCACAGCCAUCCGGUCUCUUGUCUGGCUGGAGUACAUGGGCCCGAUGGUCGCACGAACUCCGUCGCCCUUAUCUCGGUUUCACUCCUGGAUUUGUUUCAUGGGAAAACCAUCUCAAGGAGGUGUCAAUGGACGAACCGAGAUUAAAACCUCUAGGAAAAGCUAUCCAUGAAAACGACACGGGCUACAUUACCAAAAACCUGAAAAAGAUCAUCGGAGAAAUCUUCUCGAUCGAGCCAGCGAAUGACCUAUCGGCUGAAACUAGAGUAGCCUCACUAGCUGUACUCUUUCAUUUGCUGAAGAAUUCAGAUGAGGCCAUCAAGAAAGAAGCCGCUCAACUGAUGAAGUCACUCCUCAAAAAAAGAAAACACUUCUUAUUCAGUCAUGAACGUGCACUACUGGGAAAGUCGUUAACAUCUCUCGGAUACUCCAGCCCAAUAGAUGUACCAGAGAAGAAGGUCAAGAAAGCUGCGGUUUAUUCCUUGCGCGACUGA